UGUUCAGUAUAAAGACAAGAGCGAGCAAAAGCAGACAAAAUAGUCGAACGAACAACGAUCUCUAAAGAGAACAACAACAACAACAACAGCAUAACCAUGAACCAAGGAUACACACCAGCACAAACGUACCAACCCGGUGCACCCCAAGUGAUCAUACAGACAACGACAACGACAAAUGUGGUGCCCAUUGGCAGUGAGCCAUCCCGUGUUCAGUGCCCAUCUUGUCACGCGGAUAUCCUGACCAAUGUAAAGAGAACGCCAACAGGACGCACUCAUUGCUGGGCGCUGAUCCUGUGCCUAUUCCUCUGCUGGCCUUGUGUGUGUGUGCCCUACUGCAUGGAUUCUUGCCAGAAUGCCGAACAUUCGUGCCCCAAUUGCGGUGCUUACAUUGGCACCUACGAGAACUAAAGUUUAUCUCAAACUCUCUUCGCUAACUAUAAGUUCGAAUCGUAAAUUAGUGCUUAACUUAACGACCAAAUAAUAAUAAACACUCAAACGAUUACAAUUUAA